GUUCCUUCGUUGUGUGAUUGCCAAAUUUCCCGAUAACGGCGUGAUGAGAUGGCGACGUCCGAUUUUUCGGUUGUAAUCACGAAAAUGAAAGCUCGCCACGUCACUGCAGGAUGACAUUUCACAAAGGAUUGUAUUGAAAGGCUAUGGAAGCUCCUGAAAAGCUUUCAAGCGACGAACAAAGGUGAAAAACAACUGGUUAUGGGGUAUCAUUUUCAAGCUCGAGUACUUUAUUUAGGGACAACCGUAUUUUGAUUUAUUCCGCUCUACUUGUCCUCAUUCUUGCUUGCCUUUAUUUACAUCUCUUGAUUUCUUGCUGAGAAUGUGAUAUUUUUAGAAAGAAGUAUAGCAUGACCAAGCUUUCUUUAUCAAUUGGAAUUUUUGAACCUCUUUCAAAUAAAGCAAUAUACACGGACAAGUACUUGAAAUUUGUACAUGAAUUGUCCGAGAUGCGUGUUUUCGUCGCGGCUAAAUAUCCGUCUAGCUGCUUAUUUAAAAACAACUUAGUCAGUCAAUCAAAAAAUUUUCUACCUGCCUUUCUUUUAAUGGUGUGCUUCUCAGAGAAUUAGUGCAUGUGUGUGCGAUUGGUAAUCGUCAUUUGGUUAAUCAUAAACCGAAACGAGGUGAGGAAGUUGUAAACAAUGGUUUGACCGGAUCUUCACUUUUUGAACGUGUGGACUGCAUCAUUUUGAGCUGAAGAUCUAUCACCUGAAGGGUGGCAUGAUAAAUUUUUGUAUGUUCUACACUGUAUUACUGUACGGUGUUUUUCAGUUUAUAAUCAAAGGUUAUUCCACAGGUGUUAAUUUACUGUUAAUGAGAUAAGGAGUCUCUGAGCUAGACAGUCUGGCUCAGUUUUUGAGAUCUCACCUUGCCCCUCUUUUCUAUGCAAAAUAUUCAGUGAAAAUGUGUUGAGAAGAACAUAUCCUUUGGUGUGGGACAUUGCAUUUCUUUCAAACAAAAUCUGGAGUACAACAAAGGUUUCCAAUUAACCCCAUGUCAUUCCAAGAUAAAGCCUCAAUGCUUGAGGAAAUUGAUAGUUUUUCUAUUUUUUUAACUAUCAAAUAACAGAAAUCUUGCCAAGCACAGUUCGAAACAGGAAAAACUUUGAAGGUUAUAUGUUGUUCAUCUCUGCAAUGUAACAAACAAUUUUACACAUGAAAAGAGGACAAAUGGUUUUCCCACAAAUCGGUCCAACUCAUGGCCAGUUGCUGAACUCAAAUUAAAGAAAGAGGCAAUCAGUUUGGUAAUAGUAACUUUUACUUGUCCAAGCAAUCCAUCAUCUAUUUGACUGGAAGGCCAUUUACAAAUGCAUUAGGUAUGAAUCGAUGACCAGGAAGGAGUUUUCCUUGGUAUACCGAAGCUCCUUAAUUUUGAAAAUAGCAAGAAGAUUAUGUUAUUUCAUCUUUCAGUGAAAGAGCUGAGAAGUUCUAUGACCAGGCUCUGCUUUUAGUGGAUUGCUGCAAGAUCCCUGAAGCAAUUAAAUUGUUUGAAAAGGUUUGUGGCUUUCACAUUUAAAUGAGCUGACUUCUGAAUGAAAGUUAUCUGUAUUCAGGUCAAGUUAGACUUCACCCUUUCCAUCCCAUCUGAAUUUUCUUGUUAUCAUUCCCCUUGAGAUCAAGUUAGCAAACUCACAUGAUCUGUAGACACUGAACUUUGUAUAUCAAAUCAUCAUCUCUCUGGGAUCUUUGCCAAGCUGACUUAACCCUUGAACCUUAAUUGUGAUCAGAAUGUACUGUAACUUCCUGUUACAAUUUGAUACAUUAUCUAGCAAAUUGGUAGGGUGAAGAAACUAAAUGAUCAGCUGUAGGAUCUCAUGUUAAUCCUUGUACCCUUACACCAGUAUGCAUGUUCUCCAUACUGUUCUCUACCUAUUUGCUACAGUGGUGACAAGGAGAAUUUGUUGAACAAUCAAGAGCCUCUAUGGUUGGGAAUCAUAUCCUUUAUUUUCUUGACCUAAGUGUGUGAUUCAGGGGUGAUAUUGUGAGGAGAAAUAAGGUGUCAAUCACUCUUAUGGUUCAAGGUGUUUAUGUUAUAGUAACACCAUAUUCAGUUCAUCAAUAAUCCAGAGGGAAAUAUAAAUUGUAUGGCAGUCAAGACUAGAGGGUUUGAAGUCAUACAUGUAUCUUGUUAGUCAAAGUGUUGAUGACCAGUCUAUACUUGUUUACUUUCAUCCAUUAAAUAGUUUAUCUCUCUUCCUGUUCAAAGAUAUAUGCACAUACAAUUUGAAAUGUUUUUCACUGCAGGCCUGUCAGCUCAAACCUGACUGUGAAGUCUAUAAAGAAACGCUGGAUUUCUUUCAGGCAAAAGCAGAUCUUUUAGACAACAAACAACAAGGAUUAAGCUAUGCCAGUGUCUCCAGGCCAAAACCAAGCUGUGGGAAAGCAGAACAGAAAAGUUAUUCUGCUGAAUGGAAUGUAAAAAAGGCAAGAGGCAAAGUGCCAGAGGUUUCAACUUGUUAUUACAGCCAUGCUGAUGAGCAGGCUACUAUUGACAAUCCAUGGGCUUCCUAUGUGAGCAGAAGUCAUCGAAAGAGGAGUACUCCAAGCAGCCCAAUCGAUGGUCUUACUGAGAUUGAUCUUCCUCAGAUGAGUGAGGACAUGUGGUACAGUUCUGGAAGUCAAAGUUUGAAACAAGACUAUGAUUGCCAAGAUCGGGAUGAAGUUGAUAGUUUUUUCAGUUCAUCGCUAAACACACCCAUCAGUUCACAGGAAGCAUUGAAUGAGGAUAGCAGUGUUUGUGAUCAUAAACAGGAAAAUCACAGUGAUGACACAGUUGAUGCUUUUGUUAACCAGAGGGAAGAAUGCCCAGAGGAGUUUUAUGAAGACAGUGGCAACUAUGAGGAAGAUGUAGAUUCAAGAUUUCUUGAUGAAUUAUGUGCAGCACGAGAAACAUUUUUAGAUGACUGGGCUAAAUACUAUGAUGUGUUAAAUAGGGAUUUGAAAGAAGAGUCACCAUGCUCUGAAUCAGGUGUUUUAAAUCAGGGUGUUUCCACACCUUUGGAAUAUUCUGACAGUUUUGAUGAUGCAAAGAGUAUUAAAGAUAAGAAAAAGAUAAAUCACUCAGGGAAAGAAAAAUCAAAUUCUGAGAAACCUGAAUCUAAGAUCAGCUGUGAUGUAUGUGCAAAUUGUGGGAAACCAAAGGAAGGCAGAACUCAACCUUGUAAUACACCAAAAAACAGAAUUCACUUUGUAAAUGGUACCUGCAUUUCUAGUGCUAAUUCACCUAUAAGUAAUUGUACUUGUAACAGGAAACAUUCAGUGAAGGGUGUUUUUAAAGGAAAAUCUGGAAAGACACCCCUUUCUACUUCACAGCAAGAGUUUUAUCAAAACCUUCAGAACUACUUUGGCAGUGGAGCAGUUAAGAGUAUGAAGACAGAUUCUAAAGUAAAGAAAGAAAGUUCCUCUGGUGGUAUGGAUGCAAAUUGUGCCACAAACUUAAAUUCGUCAUCCUUAAGCAAUGAACCAUCAAAGGUUAAAUCUAGUCAGAAUGUUGCAGAAAGUGAUGAGUGUAAUGCAAAAGCUAGUAAACACUCUGAUGACUUUGCUUCAAAGGAACAAUUGACCGAUGGGGUUGAAGGUUUGAGGUCAUCGUUCAGUGAAGAUGGAGUGGUGAAAGACAAGAUGUCAUUUGAUGAGGGUAGAUUUCACCAGGAAAGUUUCAGUGAAGGACGGAAGGUGGGUGACAAUGUUGACAAUAACACCAAGGCCUCAGUUAACACAGAACAUGUUAAGAGUUCAAAGGAAAGAACUGAUUCUCACUGGCGACCACGGUUUAAGGCUGGUGUGAAAUCUAAAGUCAGUCAUAGGGCAAAGAGUAUAGAUCCUGCCGAAACAAGGAAGCCUUCAAAUACACAUGUCAAAGAGAGAUCAAGAUUGAAACCAAGGACAGAGAGAACUGUUCACGCAGAGUUUGACUUGUCUAAGCUUACAUCUGGUCUUUAUUGCACAGGUAUUUUUGUUCAGUUUUCUUUCUAUCAUCCCCUCUUACCUUAAUUCCUUCUGUCUUACUUUCCCCUUUUUCUCUUUUCCUCUGUUCCUCAUUCUGUCCUUUCCCACCAUUCUUUUUUACUUCUUUCCUCACAUUCUCCCUAGUUGGUCCCUUACCUUCUUAUUUUUUGUCUCUCCCUCUCUCUCUUUUCUCUCUCUCUCUCCUGUCUUACUCUCUUCAUCCUUCCAUCCUCCCACUCUUCCUUCCUUACACUCUGCCCUACUUCUUUCCUCUCUCCCUCCCUCAGCCAUUCCUGCUUUACCUCCCUCCAUCCUUUGUCCUUCCUUCAGCACUCCCAUUUUCUUUCCUUCCAUCACUCUUCCUUCCGUUCUCCUUUCAUUCCCUUGUUAUAUCAUUCUGUCUUCACUUUGUUCUUUAUUCUUAAUGUGUAAUUUGCCAUAUUUUGAUAUUUCUAUGCUGUCUUUAAGGUGUAGCAGUUUUAAGUAAGAGUGGUCAAGCAGUGAAGUCUAUUUUCUACUAUGUUCUACUCCUUCUGGCUUUGCUUUUUGGCUUUUUCAUUUAUUGGUGAGUGGAAAGUUUGGUCUUUAAAAGAUCUGUACUAAAAUCUGUGAAUAUUACCCCUACACCUAUUUCUUCUUUGUGUGGAAGUACCAAUCAUUAUUGGAAAUGUAAAGCCAACUGGGUUGUUUCUGUUUAUUUUUUUUUUCACUCUAGCUUUUGGUUUGCUGGCUGUUGGGCAUGCAGGAGAACAUUUGCUUUUGUUCCAGUGGGCAGAUGGUUGGCUGAGGGAAGAAAGAAACUGUCAACUUUAUUUGAAUUCCGUCGGAAACAGGGAGAAAGAAGAAGCACAUACUCAGAUGGGCAAACUUACGAUCUACCCAAGAAUGGUAAUUUAUAACAAGAUUUAUGAAUUUUUCUUCUCUAAUUAUUUCAGUCCAUUGUGCUCUGGGCAACAAGGUCAAUUUCUCAUCCUCUUGGUCACUUUUUGUGUGUUUUUGUUUGCUUGUUUGUUAUAAUUUGUAGGAGAUGCCGCAGUGAUGCACAUGUUGCAAAACAAAGACAGUGAUCCCUACAGGUUGGUACAGGAGCAUUACAUUAAAAUUAUAUUUAUAAGAACUUUUUUUUAAUAUUAGAAAAUAAUGCCUUUGAUCAGUGCAUAGGAUAUUGUUUAUUUUUUCUCUCCUUCUGGAAUGGAGCACAUAUUAUGCAAAGUUAACCCUUUAACUCCUAGGAGUGAUUGACAAGUAACUUCUACCUAUAAUAUUCAUACAUUAUCCAGCAUUUGGUAACGAGAAAACUCAAAGUUAUCAGUUUAGAAGAAGUUGUUAUCUUGAUGUAACCCCAAAUUCUUGUGACCAAUUUACAAGGAAAUGUGAAAUGCUAGUGGGGAGAAUUAACCACCAGAUCAUGGGAGUUGAAGGGUUAACAUCUCAUCAAGCCAAAUAAUAUUUGAUAUAUAUUUAUUUUAACAUGUGUAAUAAACACAAUUUUGAAAGCCCAGGCACACUGAGGUGGCCUUGCACGUGGGCUAAACUCACAUCACAUUAUCAUGUGAUGUGACAUUUUGCCCAAAUGUCACUUAAGCUUAGAUGACAUCACUUCCUGUCACCUGCCUUGCAUGCAUGCAUUGCAUGAUAUUACAUCAUACAUUGCAUUAUGAUACUCAAUAAAGGAACAAUGCCUUUGAUAAACACGAAAGUAAAAUCAAACUGGGAUGUUUAGAAUUUUCUGUAAGCCGAUCAUGGGUGAUUUAUUUAGAAUAAUGAUCUUCCAGUAAUUUUUUGAUAUUCAUUUUUUGUAUGUAGUGUCCUUGGAGUGCCACGAGACGCAACAGAUGAUGACAUCAGGAAGCAAUACAGGAAGUUAGCUGUACUGAUCCAUCCAGACAAGGUACAAUGAGUUUGUUUACAAGAGCUGGCCAAAACUUGUCAUACAACUCAAAAAUGGCUCACAGUGUAAAAGGCUUGUUGUUACGGUGCAAAAAAACAAAAAACAAAAAAGAGAAAAAAAUUUAACAUUAAUUCCUACAAAGAAUGAAGUUGUGAUUGAUAAUAACAAUAUUAUAAUAAUACAAAAAUUUCUAUAGCAGCCUAUUCUAGAGCUCGAAGGCGCUUUACAAUAAAAUGUUUAAAGCAGUAACUUAAUAAAUAUUAAAUUCGAAAAAUACUAGAGCAAAACUACAAAUAAAAAUAACGCUUAAAAAGAUAAGUUUUAAGGUUGCUCUUAAAAGAUGUAAGCCCCAGUUGAUCUUAGCCCCAGUCGUAUUUAUGUACCUCAAAAAAAAAAUAGGAAAAGAGGUGUUAUUUAAUGGUAUUUCUUCCUCCUCAUUUUGUUUUUUAUAAAGAAUACCCACCCACAAGCAGACGAGGCUUUCAAGACUCUUGCCAAUGCUUUCGACAUUCUAAGUGAUCCUGUAAGUUGACAAUUGUUCAUAUAUUCACUUGCAAUUAACAGGUAGUUAUUGAAUGAGUUUAUUUAAAUAUAUAUGCUGCUCAUUUGUUUAAUAUUCGCAUCUUUUAAAUAGGAGAAGCGUGCCAAUUAUGAUGCCGAAGCAGCUUGGAGGACGAGAGCGGAAGAAAGGGUGAGUUAAGUUUGUAAAAUCAGUGUAGAAAGGUCCAAACUUAAGAAUCAAUUUUCCUUUUCUUGUGGAGAUGGAAGAGGUUCCAGGAUAAACCGUAAAACCUGCCUGAAGAUCUCUUAAAACGAGAGAAAAUAAUAACAAAAUGUGGAUUUAAAGGAUAAAAACGGACUAAAAGCCGCGCAAAACCAAAAACGACCGCUGAGAUGAUGAAGCCUGGGGACUAGACAAAUGCAAACAAAUACAGAAUAAGUUUACCUUUUAUAAAAACCAAAUUUCAAAGAAGGGCGGAAAUGAUUGUUGAAAAUGGAUAAAAACUAGCGAUUUUUAUUAUGAAAGCCAGAUCCAAAAUCCCCAUUUUUUCGUUAUUGCAUGCAGAGUAGCAUUUGUUAGACUAGUUCCCAGGUUACGUCAAUGAGUUCCCUGGACCCUACGAGAAUCAGGCGACAAAAAUUGUAUGACUUUUUGUACAGUUUGUUUAAAAUUUUUAACAGGGAUUUUUUUUCCCUUUUUGCUGGAUAUUUCUUGUAGAAGGAGCGUUACGGUCGGCACACGAGUCCAGAACAGUUUUUUGCCGAUUUAGGGAAAAAGAUGGAAGAGGUAAGUAAAUUUUUUCACACAAAGAUUUUAUUAUUAAAGAGCCGCAAACUUGGGAAGAAGAAAAGUAAAUCCGCGGUGGAGCGAAAAACGAGGGAAGUCUGGGUCGAGUCGCGUCGCGUCGCGUUAAGCGAACUGAGCGCCCGGAAUCGAACCUCAGACCUUCGCAACUCUCGACCCAGUGCUUUUUUCACUGAGCUUCAGAGAAUGUUUCUUAAUAACGGAAACACUUAACCUCUUCACUACCACCAAAAGGUUAACAGGUAAUUUCUCCCAACAAUAUCAAUAUGCUAUUCAGUGAGAAGUUGGUGAUAAAGCAAUUUUCAAUCGUGCAUCAAUCCUCUCUCCAGCAAACAGGUGAAGACAGCAAUUUUCAAUUCAGUGUCGGAAGAAAUCAGGAAUUACUGUCUUAUGGCUUUCUUCGCUUUGAUUGGUCGUGAAAACUUGCGCCAUCCUCCAAACCAAUCAGGCGCAAAACAAAGGCAUUUGUGACUUGCUCACCAGCGUUUUCCCGCGCUUUUAGUAGCUUGCCUAUACUGUUUUUACUUCGAGCUCUCAUUGGCUAAAGAUAAUGUUAACCUUAGUAGUGAUUGGUCGUUGUGAUUACUUUGGUUUUGGUUUAUCGACAGCUCAAUUGAAAACAGCUCAAAUAGACAAACUCAUGAGCUGAAUUGCGUAGUCUUGAUGUAACACUAAACUCUCGUAACUUAUUUAGAAGGGAAUGUAAAGUAGCAGGAAAGGAGAAUUACUCAGCAGAUUUUUGAGGCUAGGUAGUGAAUACUACAUUGACGUAAUUUCCUUUUGUUAAAACAGAUGCAUAAUUCUCUACAUUGCAACGUGUGUGAUGGGAAACACCGUCGCUACAACACAAAGCGGUUUAUUUUGACAGCUCGCUUCUGUAGUCGCUGCAACACAAGACACGCUGCUAAAGAGGUACUUGCACACGUUUGAAGGCUUACGGCGAAGGCUCUGCUAAUAUGAAGGUUAAUGUAAAGCUCCUUCAAUUGGAGGACGGGAUGAAUUUUGUUUUGCUUUAUUGCGCUCUGUGAUUGGUCAAAGAAACCCGCGCACUCUUUGUACCAAUCAGAUGUAAAAUAUAACCCAUCCAUAUUUUCCUGCGCUCGAGGUCGUUUAGUUCUCACUGGCUAUGUUAAUUAUUUAAGUUUUAGCGUUACGUUACGCAAAGCGCUCUAAUGGACGGGAGAGAGGGGAGAGUGGGUAUGGCACGUAAAAAUUUACAAAUUUCUUUUGAUUUUUUUAUCAGGGAGAUCUGUGGGCAGAGAGUAGUUUUCUUGGCUACAAACUGCACUUUUAUGCCUGUAUGGAGGGUGAAAUAUUUGAUGUCACUGAGUGGGCGGCUUGCCAGGUUUGCAUCUGGUUUUAUCUUAAUUAGCCGAACGACUAGCUAGUUAUACUGCACAAUAGGGAUGGAUUUCCGAGCUGCUGUGUUCGAAUUCGGUUAAAAGUGAUAACAGAGGGGUGGGAAAGUAAGGAAAGUUAAUUUCUUCACCCCGCCCCCAACCUGGGGGGUAGGGCCACAUCCUCCUAGACGGUCUAUAUGUUUAUCGUAAUUAUUUCAAGUCGAGUCUUUCCUUUGUUAUAAUUUGUUUUUCGUUUGUUUUACGUGAGCAGGGUAUUGGUCGAGUGGAGGCCAAUCCUCACACGGUCCAUCUGAAGCUCAAGACCCGUCAGACACAACAAAGCAGCUUCAAUUCUAGGUUUGUCUUUCAGUUUGAUAUCUGUCUUGCUAUAUUGACUUUACGAUAACGUGAUUGGUCUGUGACACCUAGGCACCAAAAGAAGGUCGAAUUACCAGAGACUGAUUUGAAAUGCUUGUCUUGUUUGAUUGCAGAUCGGAAGAAAGGGAGUUUGAGAAUUUCAUGCGUGCGUUCUUCGGGCAGUUUGGCCCUGAAGGAGACAAAUUUCAGGCAGCCAACAAGCAACGAAAGAAGAAGAAAAAGAAGAAACAUUAG